AUGAAACAACAAGACAGCCCCCCCGAACACCCCCGCGCCCGUGCCCACGGCCCCGUUCAAAACAGCGAAGUCUACCUCCUUCGCCAACACCUCCCUCCCCCUUUCACCUCCAUCCCCCCUCCCUCCCCUCCAUCCCCCAUAACUCCUGCCGAGCCAGAUUACCUCGUCGACUGCUCCGGCGCCGUCGUGCCCGCAGUCAACAUCUCUUCCCUGACACUAGCCGACCAAACUUCGUUAGCAGCCGCCUGCGACGAGAAGCUUGCCGCCGAGGAUCGCGUCUCCAAGGGCGUGCACGUCUUAGCCACGGAGGCAGCUGCCCUGCAGAACCUGGCAACCAUCUACUCCGGGGACAAGCCGACUCGUGAACGAUUUGCGCGGGCCGUCGACGUGCUCGUGCGCACGGCAAACCAAGGGGGGAAGGUCGUUGUGAUCGGGGUAGGCAAGUCGGGGCAUAUUGCGCGCAAGCUGGUCGCAACGUUUAACAGUCUUGCUUUGCACGCGGUGUUUUUGCAUCCGACAGAAGCGCUACAUGGGGAUUUGGGGAUUAUAGGGGAGAAAGAUGCGCUGUUGUUAAUUACGUACUCAGGGAAGACGCCUGAGCUGAGGGCGUUGUUACCGCAUCUUGCUAAAGAGUUACCUUUGUUGCUGUUGACGGGGCAUCAGAAGCCUGAAGGGGUGGAGUUGUUGCGGGAGAGUGCGGACAGGAUGGCUAGGAAGGGGGAGACCAUUUUGUUGCCGGCGCCCGUACAUGAGCUGGAGACGGUUAGUUUUGGGGUUGCGGCGCCGACGACAUCGACGACGGCUGCGUUGGCCGUGGGAGAUGCGUUGGCGAUUGUUGUUUCGCAUGAGGUGCAUGGGGAUAAGGAGGGUGGUGUGGCGGGGGUGUUUGGGAGGAAUCAUCCUGGCGGGGCGAUCGGGAAGGCGUUGGCGGAGAGUCAAGCACGGUCAGAGCCGCAGGAUGAUUGCAGGGAUGCGGGGGUCUCGGAGACAGAAUUGUCGUUGUCGUCGUCGCCGUCGUCGGAGUCGGAGUCGUCUUUGGGUUCGACUUCGUCGGAUGAGGAGGAUGGACGAAGCACGCCGACGAGUGUGACCAGCUUAACGGAGUCGAGUACCGCUGUUGCCAGCGCUGUGGACGAUGACGGCGAAGAGGAUGUGACUACCCCAACAAUAACGGCCAAGCCUCCGACUUCGUCUACUCAGCCUACGAUCCUCUCCAUGGCUGUCUUUCCCGAGCAAAUACCUCUCUUCACUGAAAACGACGACUCCGUGACUGGCGUGGACAUUCUCCGGGCCGCCUAUGCCAGUCCCUCGGGCUGGCUGUCCCUUGACGAUAAAGAAAUCAUUUCCCCUUGCCGAAUCAAGGCUCUCCCUACGGCCGAGCUAUCGCUCCCGUUGCCACAGAUCCGUUCCCGGCUGGCCAUAUCAAAGGAGAGGAUGGUUCCUGUUGCAGCAGGGACUGACGUCAAUGUCGCGAAGGCAUGGAUCAGGGGGUUGAGAGCGGCCAUGGGUCCAGCAUCUCAGUAUGGGGAUGAUGGCGUGGUGGCUGUGUUCGAAGGAGGUGAGACGGUUGGGUAUUUAGAGGUUGGUAAGCUUCUAGGUUAA